CUAGCUCGCUCUCGUUGCUGUCUGCAGUUUCACGCGCAAAUUACUCUCACUAUAUAUAUAUAUAUAUACACACACACACACACAUAUAGAUGCCUGUCAACAACAGCGCUGCCACUCUUUUCCUCUCACUCGUCCGUUCAGGUUAAACACGUCUUACAUACAGAUUUUAUUUUGUGUUUUAUUCAAAAUAAGAUUUUUUUGUUGUUUUCGUCGUUAGAAGCUGCGUUGUGUAGAAAAUCGCGGUUGGUGUGCUUGUAAGGGCAGUUCGGUUUCUCAGCAAUGGCGACAGCUGCGGUUUCUGCCCCUACUGGCGGCGGCCCCAACCCCGGAUCCGGUGCCGAGAUGGUCCGCGGUCAAGCUUUCGAUGUCGGGCCGCGCUACACUAACCUCUCGUAUAUCGGAGAGGGUGCUUACGGCAUGGUUUGCUCAGCGCACGAUCGUGAUAGGAAAGUGCGUGUGGCAAUAAAGAAGAUCAGUCCAUUCGAGCACCAGACAUACUGUCAGCGCACACUCCGCGAGAUUAAAAUCCUACUCCGCUUCAAGCAUGAGAACAUCAUCAGCAUCAACGACAUCAUCCGCACCCCCACCACCGACCAGAUGAAAGAUGUCUACAUUGUACAGGAUCUAAUGGAGACAGACUUGUACAAGCUGUUGAAGACACAGCACUUGAGCAAUGACCACAUCUGUUACUUCCUGUACCAGAUCUUGCGUGGCCUCAAGUACAUCCACUCUGCAAAUGUUCUCCACAGAGAUUUGAAGCCAUCUAACUUGUUGCUCAACACUACCUGCGACCUCAAGAUCUGUGAUUUUGGGCUUGCCCGAGUGGCCGAUCCAGACCAUGACCACACUGGAUUCCUGACAGAGUAUGUAGCCACACGUUGGUACCGCGCACCAGAGAUUAUGCUCAACUCUAAGGGAUACACUAAGUCCAUUGAUAUAUGGUCGGUGGGUUGUAUUCUGGCUGAGAUGCUUUCAAAUAGACCCAUCUUCCCUGGGAAACACUACCUGGACCAACUAAACCACAUCUUAGGUAUAUUGGGUUCUCCCUCUCAGGAAGAUCUCAACUGCAUCAUCAACAUUAAGGCAAGAAAUUACCUGCUGUCAUUGCCUCUGCGCUGUAAAGUGCCCUGGAACCGCCUCUUUCCUAAUGCAGACCCUAAAGCAUUGGAUCUGUUGGAUAAGAUGUUGACCUUUAACCCUCAUAAACGGAUUGAGGUGGAAGAGGCGCUGGCUCAUUCCUACCUGGAGCAGUACUAUGACCCUACAGAUGAGCCUGUCGCUGAGGCUCCAUUUAAGCUACAGACCAUAGCUUUCUGCAUAGGUGUUGAUCUGGAUUCAGUCGUGCUGAUGCUCCUGUUUCCACUCCACUGUGCGCUGUGGUCCUCUUUUGGUCUUCAUCGCCAUCAUCAUCAUCUUUCUCCAUCUAAACCCCAAACCUACAGGCAACCCUCAAAGUUCAUCCAAUCUGCAGCAGGAAACAUGGGCUCCUGCACCUUUCCUGCUUUCUUUCACUUAUUUACUCUCAGUCUCUUAACACUCCAGUUAUAAUGGAAGAGUGCAGAGCUUCUCUUACACCCUUACUCUAACAUAAUCUUCUCUUUCUACUUAUUUUCGAAUCUACCGGCAUAUGUGGAGAUUAUGUACCUGACCUAUCUAGUCAAGCUUUUUAUUCAGAUUAUAGUAAUCCUUUUUGUCUUUGUCAGCCCUCUUUUACACUUAAGUAAAAAAUAUUAUUGUUGUGCUUAUUUUUAGCCUCCAUGUUAAUAUUUCCAACAAGCUGCUUUUCUCUAAGGUGUCUGUAAGCCAUUUUUAAGUCCCACAGAGGCCAAACUGAACACUGGGAGAGAUUGAAGGCUCUGAUCUCCUUGAUUCUUUUAUAUAGGCAGUGUACAUGAAUUUAUCCACUUUGUGCAUCGCCAGUCUCCUCAAAGUGCACAAAGAUGGAAUUCGCCAAGAUGCCAUUUGAGGACUUUAAUAAAUGGAGAAAUGUAUUUUUAUAUACACAAAUCUGUAUUUGCUAUCUAUUUCCCUCAAAAUUGAUUAAAAAAAAUUUCCCCUUUAGUUCAUUUUAGCUAAAGUGAUGUGAAAAAGUAUUUGCCCCCUUCCUGAUUUUAUUUUCCAUACCAUAUUGUUUUAGAGCUUCAAACGAGAUGGCAUAAAACAAAAGGCAACAUAUAUAUAUAUAUAUAUAUAUAAUUAUUGAAGCAAAAAAGUUAUCCACCUUAUCAAACUUAAUAGCUGGUUGUGCCACCUUUAACAGCAACAUCUGCAGCCAAAUGCUUCUGAUAACUGGAUGUCAGUCUUUCACAAUGCUGUGGUGGAAUUUUGACCGGAGGCCUGCAGUUCCUUGGAUGUUCUCCUAGGCUUUUUCGUGACUUCCUGGAUGAAUCAUCACUGUGCUCUUUGAGGAAUUUUGGAAAGUCGGCCACUUCUGGGAAGGUUCACUGCUGUGCCAUUUGGAGAUAAUGGCUCUCACUGUGGUCCUUUGGAGUCCCAGAGCCUUUGAAAUAGCUUUGUAAAUCUUCCCAGUCUGAUGUAUUUCAAUCACCAUUUUCCUCAUAAUUUCUGGAAUUCCUUUCGAUCUUGGCACUGGGUGCUACUGGGUGAGACAUUUUUGCCAUCUUCAUGGUGCUGAAAAUGUCUAUUUAUGUGUUGAAUUGAUUGAACAGGACUGGAAGGAGUCAGGUCUGGGUGUGUCUAGUCCAGCUGAACCCCAUUACGAAUGUAGUUUCAUAGAUUUGGGAAUUUAGUAACUAUGGAGGCAAAUUGUUUUUCACACUGGUCCAGUUGGUAUUGGAUAACUUUUUUGCUUCAAUAAAUUACAUUAUGAUUUAAAAAAUACAUUUUGUGUUUACUCAGACUGCCUUUGUUUUAUAUUAGGUUCUGUUUGAAUUUCUGACACAAUUUAGUAUGAAAUAUAUACAAAAACAGAAGAAAUCGAGCAAAUAAUUUUUCACAGCACUGUACUAUCCAUGAUGUGCCUUUAGGCAAUCAAGGUAUAUAUAUUUAAUGAUUAUUACCUACGCUUUGUACAUUGACUCAAUCAUAAACCCUUAAUUACUAUAAGAUCACUUAUAAUCAUCUAUAUGAUCCACAGAGAAGAGACUAAUCUGUUAAAAUUACCUAUGCACCAAAGAAAAGACUGAUUUGAGUUUUUUUGCCACCUUGGAAAAAAUGUGUACUCCUGUCCAUAUAGUUACAAAACAUUUACUUAAGCCCUCACAUUACCCACCAAUAAAUAAAUAAAUUGCAGGGGUACAUAUAUCCCAAACCAAGUGUGAUUUAAUCUAGAGAUGCAUGCAAGUCCAUUUGGGAACUAGGGUCACUUUAGCUAGGUUUAGAGAGCUUUGUUUGUGGGAUUUGAAAACAAUCACGUUUUUCAGUGAUAACUCUUAUAUAAAAGAAUUGUAUUCAAUGUCUAAAAUACGUACAGUGCCUCCUGUAUUCAUUCUUUCCUUUUGUAUAUUUCAUUCUGUUUCUCUUUCGCUUUCUCUGCCUCCACCCUGCCCUUUACCGCCUUGUAUCAAUAAGACUGUGCCCUUUGCAUGACUGUUAAAAAGCUUUCUAUACAAAGAAAUUGGAAGUGCCACACAGCUGGGGAUUUUGCUAUUGGACUCUCAGGUUUUUGUUAUAUCCUACCUUUUGUGGUCUCAUAUUUGCUAUAUAGAGAAUACAAGUGCAAAAAGUGAAAAAAUACACUUAUUUUGCUUGUACAUUUUGGUGUGAGAUUUAUUUUUUAGGAGCACUUAAAGGUAUAGGUCACCCAAAAAUGAAAAUUCUCUCAAUUUACUCAACCUCAUUCUAUCACAGAUGUGAAUGAUUUUCUUUCUUCGGCAGAACACGAAUCGUGAUUUUUGGAAGAAUAUUUCAGCUCUGUAGCUACAAUGCAAGUGAAUGGGUGCCAAAAUGUUGACACUUCAAAAAGCUCAUAAAAGCAUAAUAAAAGUAAUCCAUACAACUCAAAUAUUUCAAUCCAUAUAUUUAGAAAUGAUAUGAUUAGGUGUGGGUGAGAAACGGUUCUUUUUUUUUGCUUGAAUUUCUUCUCCUGCCCAGUAGAGGGCGGUAUGCAUGAAGAAUUUGAAUCCCCAAAAACACAAAAAUAAUGUAAAAGUUAAAGUGGAGAUUAACUGAGCAGGGAGGAUAAUUAUCUUGUAAAAAAACAAAACAAAGGGGGACUUUUAGGGGCAGUGGUGGCUCAGCGGUUAAGGCUCUGGGUUACUGAUCAGAAGGUCGUGGGUUCAAGCCCCAACACCACCAAGACACCACUGUUGGGCCCUUGAGCAAGGCCCUUGAACCUAUCUGCUCCAGGGGCGCCGUAUCAUGGCUGACCCUGCACUCUGACCCCAGCUUAGCUGGGAUAUGUGAAAAAUAAAUAAUUUCACCAUGUAUAUGCAGAAAUGUAUGUAUAAUGUGUGACAAUUGGUCAAAUUAAAAUUAAAUUAAAUUAAAUAUUGAUUGUUUCUCAGCCACAUCUAUUAUAUCGUUUUUGAAGAAAUUGAUUUAACCACUGGAGUCUUAUGGAUUACUUUUAUCCUGAUUUAUGUGACGUUUAGAGCUUCAAACGUUUAGUACCAAUUCACUUGCAUUGCAUAGACCAAAAGCGCUAUACGGGUGAGUAAAUUUAUGAAUUAAAUUUUUUGGGUGAACUAUACCUAUAGUCAGCCAAGUCAACCAGAAUGUCAGAUUUAUUCAUUUCAAGUGGAAAUUAGGAGCCUCUAGCCAUGUUAAGCAUUCAAUAUAGGAAAUAUAACUUUUUUUAUUGUGCCAUUCAGUCACACAAUUAUGCUUUGCUGGUCAAUGAAUUAUAUGGCGCAUUGAGACCCUAAAGAAAAACCGCUAAACUGGCAUUUGCAUAAUUUUUUAACUGUUUGCAUUUGUUCGAUUAGUGGGCAAGACAGCACUUAUAAAAUGGAGCUCAGUAGGUGUCAAUGGACAUGGUUAUGUUAUUGACACUGAUAUUUACAUCAUUGUGCAUGGCUUAAGCAAAGUGUAUUUUUUCCUCUUUGGUUCACCAGACCUAUUUAAGGUGCCACCUAGUGGUGUCUUUGCUAAGUAUAAGAUGUUGGUUGAUCAAGGAGAGAACAGGCUAUUCUCAAAAAUAAAAAAAUUGAAAAAGAACAAACUGCAAAACUCUUGUAAGAUAGCUUCUGCCGAAUCAGUGUGCAGCCUGUCUGUUUCCAUGUGCCUUUAUGCGUCAUGAAUAACAAUUUAUCACACAGCUUUUUGUUGGGGAUCAGUUGUGACUUUUUUGUGGUAUAUUCUAUAUAUAUAUAUAUAUAUAUAUAUAUAUAUAUAUAUAUAUAUGUAAGAAUACAGUGGAAAAAAACUAUUCUCGUUCUGUAAUUUUAAGUCCUAUUUGUCACAGCUUUUGUGAUUGUUGUGAUUGUUUAAGGAAGAACAAUUAAAUGGGCCUUUUAUUUCCCCCCUUUUCUGGUUUAACCCUGUUGCACUUGCUCCAGUUAUUGAAUGUUUUGUGACUUGUUUUUUAUUGUAAAAAUUAAUGUCUAGUGAUUUAUUAAUAAUCUUGUAAAAAUAAAUAAAAAAAAAAGCCUUUGUGUAUUAAUCUCCUUUGUUAGCAAUGGCAAACGUUUGUUGUGAAUUUCACUUGUAAGUUUCAAAGCCCUUGGUUGUGUUUUAUGAGGUGCCAGUAUAAUCACUGGGGAAAUGUACAAGUCCACAAAAAAUGAUCAAUUAAAAUCUUUUUAAUCUAUUGGGGAAAAAAACUGCAUUAUGUCUCAGAGGUUUGUCUUUACUACUGAAAGACUGCCAAUUUGAAGUACCAAUAUUGAUCUCUGCAUCUGCCAAGUAAUGUAACAAGAAACAGUCUAAUAAAACCAAUUGUAUUAUA